CUUCAGCUCUCUUCACCUGACCACGAUGAACGACUUCCUUUGCUCCGUACCAUGUCUAUCAAGGACCUCCAUGGCAUUUCUCCUGAUAUCCUUCGAGAUCUCAUAUUUUACUUCAAAUACGCAUCGUCGGCGUACACGCCAUUUUGUCCCAGACCGAAUGGCCGCAACCUCGUAUCGGAGGUUCGAGGAAUCCUCCUAAAUAUCCAAGGCUUCAUCGCUCGCGACGGCGACAGGAAGGAGCUGGUGCUCGCUCUUCGUGGAAGUGCGUCCAUCAUUGAUAUCCUGGUUGACUCGGCAAUUGUUCUCGUGCCUCUGAUUACACCUGGCGUCGAGGCUUCAAGCGGUGUACGGGUGCAUAGUGGGUUUCUCGUUGGGUGGAACUCUAUCGCGGUGCAAGUCAUCUCAGUGAUCAAGGAACAGCUGUUUCUAUAUCCGGAUCUGAAGAAUAUCGUCACGACUGGCCACUCCCUCGGAGGAUCGCUGGCGACGCUAGCUGCCAUCUGCCUUCGAAGAAACUUUCCCUCAGUGACGACGCGGACGUAUUCCUAUGGCGCGCCCAGGACGGGAAACAAGGAAUUUGCUGACUACUUCAACUGCGAGUUUGACACGAACGCAUUCAGAGUCGUUCACAGCAACGAUGGUGUUCCGACGAUGGUUCCGACUUUCCUUGGCUACCACCAUCACGGUAUCGAAUAUUGGCAAACGGAGGACCCUCCAAAAGGAAGCUCGACGAAGCAGUGUUCGGCUGAUGGUGAAGACCCUAGGUGUUCUGCAUCGGUGCCCAGUAAAGGCGUUAAUGCAGCACACACGAUGUAUUUCGGGAUUCUGGCAACUACACCAUUUUGUAUAUAAAUGAAGCGCUACUAAUACACGCUAUUGGUCGUCCUUUAUGUGCCCGCUUGAGAUGCUCCUGCAGGCCGUGAAAGGUCGCUGCAUGACUAGAUGAUGAUGCCAUACGAAGACGACUCUUCCACAGAAACAAGAAACCCUCACUAAGAGCUGCGAACCCUGGCCUGUCCAUGGGCGAUCUCACACGGGCGCCUUCAAAUUUGCAACGUUGGUGUGCAGCCGGGAGUAUCGAUAAAGCCAUAUAGGUUGUGUAUUGGCGCGAAAUAUCCCGGGUUUGGAUUGGACACCGGACCGUCACAGCGUGCUAGGUUCAUGCGCCGACAUCUCGCGGUAAGAGAGUUACAAGCCU